AUGUUUGCUGCGCCAAACACGUAUAAGGUUUUAUUUUUUGAUUAUAUAAGCUAUUUUGUGAAAAAUGACGAUUUCUUAGCAGAAUAUAAUGAAGCAAAAUUUCAUAUUAAAAUUAAAGUUGGUGAUAUAGUUGAGAUAAAAGAGAACAGUAAUUCAGAUAAUAAAUCAUUUGCAAUGGUCAAGGCGAUUGUCACUCAUCGAGCAAAUGAUGGCAAAGUUUACGCUUUUUUUAUUUUUAGCUGGUUUGAAGAUCUAAAAAGAACGCAUCCAAUUCUACAAUAUGCACAAUUUCAGUUACGACGUGACAAUUUUCAACAGCAAUGUAUUUUCGCUAUCUCUAUAGUGGAUUAUUGA